AUGGAUACUGCGACGACCAUGGAAAACACCAACAAGCCCUCGCUAGAGGAGCUCGAAAAAAUCAAGCCAUCGACCCGGGACCUCGCCGUGCCGGACGGCUACACGGAGCACUUUACCGAGAACGGCGUGGCCUACUACUGCCAGCACGCGACCCGGACCGUUUCGCACCUGCACCCGGCCAAAUUCCGGGUCCUGCAGGCCGCCGGCGUCCUGGACGCUUCCGCCUCGGACCUGCCAGCCUUUGCGCUAGAGCUCGGCGCCGAUAACUACCCCGUGCCCGAGCGCUGGGAGCGGCGGCGCGACGAGAAAGGGCGCGCUUAUUAUCUGAACCACGAGCUCAAAACGACCCAAUGGGAGCACCCAGAGUACGAAACCGUAAUCGAAAAGGCGCACGGGAAGGGCCGCUGGGGCGAGCCGUCGGGCACGGGCGGCAAGAGCAAGUUCCUGCGCGAGUGGGAGGAGGACUACACGUCCCGCGGGGUCCUGCCGCCGUGGAUACUCGAGGAGACGACGGCGCCGCCGCCGCCCGAGGGCAGUGGCAGCGGCAGCGGCGGGCUGGAGCCGCAAAAGUACUGGGUCAACUACAAGACGGGCAGCAAGAGCCAGUCCCAGAGCCCGUUUGAUGCGUUCGAGGCGCGCACGCGCAACAGGGAGAGGACGAGGCAGGGGCUGCCGAUGUACCGCAAGCCCAAGGUCAAAAUGUGAAAAGCUAC